AUAGCCAGAAAAGGGAGACACUUAACAGAAUGUACAGAUUGGUGUUCACUCACUGAUUCCAGUUAUAGUGACAGUCUUUUGUCCAGCGAUUUGCAUAAGGAAGUAUCGAUUAACACCGACUACCCAGAUCGGUUUGGGUUACCAUGACUCUACAAUGCAUGACGAUCAGAUAGAACGUGAUGUAAACGACGGUAGUAACCUCCUUCUGCCGCUAGCCAUCUCCCUGAACUUAGGAAAACAUUACGGGUCUAGAAGAGAAUUGGAUUUGAGGUACAAGUUUCGAGAAGCGCGUGAAAGCCAACGAAAGAUGGUGGCUGGAGAUGAAAUACAUGAAUGUGGACCUCGAGGGGAAGGUUUCCGAACCACGCAUAGCAAAGCUUCAUACUUUAAAACGUGUGACAAGCUAGUGGUUUUGUGCACCAUGUAUGAUUCCCAACGAAGUCCAAAUUCAUUUUCACUUUCGGAAGUUCCUGGGAAAGCGACACAUUAUACACUUAAACUCAUAACAUACGGACUGUCCCGCAAUCAGCCUAUUUAUGACCUGUGUAUACAGAAAGAUGGAAAUUGGUACCUGUCCCACCAACGCCUCAAGAACGCUAAUUCUGAGGAGCUCGCGUUGUCUGCAAGAGACACUAUAGCCGGGCCCAACUUCGGAGCUGAUGAUGGGCCCCUGGUGCCGUGUCUGCCAUGUUCGACAUGGCCGCCGGCGUCUUUCAGUAUGGUCCAGAGACCUCGCAGGAGCGGAUGGCCCGCCCAGGAAGUGAUGGACAGGAUGGUGAGGAAGGGAUGUUUCGUAGUACCGUCGGAUGACGACAAUGACGAGGAGACGGUGUUCAUGCUGUCCUUUGCUGUGCCCGAGAGAGAGCUUGUCAAGUCUUUUAAUCAAACGCAGAUGAACGUGUACGGAUACUGGCUUUCCAUCAUAGAUCAGAAGGUGCCAGCCUCGCUAAAGACUGUCUUCAACGAGACGGUUGUGAAACACUGUCUUUUUUGGCUUUUACAGGAAUACCCACUCGACACUUGGAUGGAGGUUAACGUCACAAGGUGUAUGGAACUGCUUUUAGGAAAAUUCUUGGAUGUCACAAGAAAUCGUUCAUGUCCAAAUUUCUUUGUCAAACGCUACGACUUGUUUAUGGCAAUGACACCAGUCCUUCUAGCUAAUCUGCUUAAUUUCCUAAAUGAUAUAGAACAAGCUGGGCGUAGCUACUUCCUACAACUAGUGCCGUUCUGUCAGCGAGCGGAGGACUUUCGCAACCUUCAACAAUCGUUUGCCAUGAUGUGCGUCACAGAUGUUGAAGAAGAACGAAGAUUAGACUUUGCCUUUUUUCAAGAAGUUCUUCAUACCUACUAUGAAAUGCGUCGACUAUUCCAACAUGCUACCGAGACUUCCAAGCCAUUUGACCUGGAUAUGUUCAACACUAUAAUCGUCAACCUCCUCGAGCGGUCGAGUCCCCUUCUGGACGACAACAUCAAGGCUGUGCUGAAGGCAUAUUUAUCGCUCCAAAUGGCCUGUCAUCUGUGUAGAGACAUACCCAAUGUUGGAAACAGCCGCCAAACUGAAAUUGCCCGUAUUGAAGACUUGCUAAAGGAGGGCCUUAAUGCUGACAUGUCAUCUGCCAAACUCAAGAUGGCUACAUUAUAUCUGCAUCUUGAAAAACCUGAAAGGUCUGUUGAGAUCCUCCAAGAUCUUGAUGCCACCGGAAGUCAUGUAAUCAAUCUAACAAGAAGAUGUAAAUCUUCAAUAUGGAUAGAAAUCAACGCCAAUGACCGUGAUUACGAACAGACAGUAUGUAACAAAGGGUUCUCACGCGCAGAGAAAGUGACGCGAUUCAUGGCACUCCCGUUUGAUAUAACAAAGGAUGAACAGGUCGUAGUUCCAGAGGUCAUUCAGUACGAACUUGCCGAAGUUUCGGGCAGUAAAGAUGGUCGCAUUACCAGUAACUUUACAUUAUAUUAUCAUUUGCUACUUAUCAUAAGUAAACAUAAGUUAGGUGAGGAUGUUCACCAAACAAUCCAGGAAUUCAAGAAGUUGGUGGAAGAGUCGAGUGACGAAGGGGUUCUGUACAUGUAUUACAACUGGCUAGGUUAUUGUUUGAAGCUUGUAAAGAGGAUUUCAGAAGCUAAACACUAUUUUGAGGAAUCUCUUAAGAUCAAGCAUAGUGAAAAUGCUGCGAUGAAACAAUUGGACGCGUUAAAGUAACCACUUUUGGAGAUUAUGACGAAGAGUUUUACUGUACAACGUAACACACUCUGGCAGUGAGACAAGCUUAGCUGUAGGAUUAAGAUGUAGGUUAAUCUAUUAUGUAUUGUUCUGCAACUAUACUACUAAGACAUUGUAAUAUGUUGAAUAUAGCAUAACCAUAAGGUGGAAACAAAAGACGUGAACAUUCACGAAGGGAAGCUUCUGUACCUAAUAUGUUUUUGAACUUUUAUGCCAGGUAUAUAGUAUUUAAAGAUGUCUUUUCCUUAAGUUAAUCAUAAAUGCAUUUUUAUCCACACCUAAUAACUAACGUCUUGUAUAGUAUGUGAAACGAAAGUGAAAUGCAUUUUAUGAAAGAAUUGUGAAAUGUAACCUUCUUUUCAACAUAUUUGAUUAAUAUGUCGAAAUUUUGUUGCAUACACACUAUUCACACAUAUAUGUAGAUAUAAACGCAUGUUGUGAGCUAUAUCUACGCUCUACAAACAAAGGCUUUUGACAAAGGCACAUCUACAGCCUUAGUAUCCCUUUGUCGUGGUGUGUUUAAUUAAAAAAUCUUUAUUUCAAAAAGUUUGAUAUUGUUGUGCCUUAUAUACUUAGAGCUGUAACUAUAAUUCGUACUUGUUACAGUCAGAAUUUCAGCGUUUUCCCAAUAUGGAAUUAUAACGCUUCAAUUGCUUUGAAAGAAAUUUAGGUCAUCGUUCUGACCAUGUUUCUAAGUAGGAUACCUCAUUGUCCAACACGGCUGAGGCAUGUGUCGUCGCUGACCUUGAUACUACUUAGAAUAAGACAGAAGAUAUGAUGAGGGACGAUAUGUAUUUUGCAGGAGACUGCUAACUAGACAUCAAAGGCAAAAAUAAUCAAUAAUGUUAUAUGUGGUGCAGGAGACUAUUAACUGGAUAUGAAAGGAAAAGUAAUGAAGACAAUUGUGCGUGGUACAGGAGACUUUUAAUUGAAUAUGAAAGGAAAAAUAAUUAAGAAUGUCAUGUGUUGUGCAAAAGAUAAUUUAACUGAAUAUAAAAGGAAAAGUAAUAAAGAAUGUUAUGUAUGAGACUAUACCAGAAAAAAACUUCACGUUUUUGUUUGAUGUGCCUUCGUACGUACUAUUUUCGUUUUUUUACAGUUUGACCAACGUGUCCGUCCUACAUGCACGUUUCUGUUCGACACCAAAUUGCUAGUGCUUUAUAAAUUGUUGUCAAAAGAAACUUCGUACGUGGAGAUGUUCAUAUUGUGACUCAUUACUGACAGCGAUAUGAACAUUUUUGUUUUGGCACUGGAUCUAAAAUCAAUAUAAAUUAUAAAUACAUUUGUAGAUGUUUGCGUGCAGGCAUAUUUUUGCGCAUUUACUCAAUUCGAGAAACGCUAGCAUUUCCAUACUGAAAAGCUUUUGGCUUUUGUAGGACUCUCAAUAAUCUCCGUUGUUCUAUAAUAAAGAAGGAAAGGUGCUGGGUGGAUGACCAACACAUUUAAGAUAGGUCAUAUCAAGCUAUUUGUGUACGGUAUAUAUAUAACGUACAUCACCGUUUUGGUUUGCAUUAGCUAGUCAUUACUUUUAAUGGUUUCUUAUAGAAUAAAUGGAAGUGUAAAAAUAAUCAUAAUGUGGUUAUCCAUUUACUUAAAUUAGUACGGAAACAUAUUUUUGUAUAUUGAUGUUAAACAGCGCAAUGCCCUACCUCUGCGUUUGCACAUAUAUAUCAUUAUUAUGAUUUUUUACAAAACCUUUUACAGCCAUCCGACUGACAAACAAAAAACGUGAGGUAGUUAUUCAAGAUUAAUAUUUAUAGCUUUUAUUUGGUUUAAGGUAAAUUAUGUUUUUCAUAAAGAUUGAUGAUACAAGUUUGCAUAUGUGUUAUGCUCAGUUGUGUUCUAUGUUUGCAUAUAAUGCAUGGUCUUAAAUUUGUAAUAAAUAAUUCAAACACUU